CUACUGUAGAUAUGUUGCUGGGAGGCGAGGCGAGGCGAGGCGAGGGGAGGGGAUAAAUUAAUCUAUUGUUGCUGGUGCCAAGCUGUUCGGGUAUGCGGGCGGGUGCCGGGUUGUAGAGUGGUGUGUUCGGAUUUGGAAGUGAGGGGCAGGAGAUUUGAUGUGUUUCAAUAGUUUGGCUGUGAUGGGCUGGGUUGGUGCAAUCGGGUGGAGUGUUGGAUGGAUUAGUUGAAGAGAAGGGAGUAUUUAAGAAAGUGGUGUCCGCGGUGAGAGGGAGUCCUGCCAAUGCAAUAUCUUCUCAUUCUCUCUCACAUUCAUUCGCUUGCUUGCUUGCUUGUUUGCUCGUUCAUUCGUUACAAUACCUGUUGACCAGUAUCAACUUUCCAUUCUUUUACCUACACCCCACAUUUACACCAAGCAACCAAUCACUCAAACAAACGAAGAAAAACGUGUUGAUAUACCUCACAUACAACAACCAGCAAAUCAAAAUGAAGACUUUCUCCUCAUCCCUUCUUUUCCUGGCUUCGGCCUCUUCCGUCCUCGGACACGCUACUUGGCAACAACUCUGGGUUGAUGGUGUUGAUCAGGCGAGAACUUGUGUGCGUGAGCCGCUCAGCAACUCGCCUGUUAGCGAUGUGACGAGUAAGGAUAUUGUGUGCAAUGCUGGGACUGCUGCUGUUGCCGGGAUUUGCGCAAUCAAUGCUGGUGGCGAAGUCACAGUCGAGAUGCACCAACACAACAGCCGUGACUGUGCCGAGGAAGCCAUUGGAGGUGCUCAUCACGGCCCAGUCAUAGUAUACAUGUCCAAGGUCGACGACGCCACAAAGGCCGAUGCUUCAGCCGGUACAUGGUUCAAGGUCGCUGAAGACGGUUACGAUUCCGCCACCAAGAAGUGGGCAGAUGACCUCCUCAACGCCAACUGCGGCAAACGCACAUUCACCGUCCCCUCCGACCUCGCCACAGGCGACUACCUCAUCCGCGCCGAAGAGAUCGCCCUCCACGCCGCCGGCUCCGCCGGAGGCGCCCAAUUCUACAUGUCCUGCUACCAAGUGCACGUCGAAGGCACCGGCUCUGCUACCCCCACCGGCGUCUCCUUCCCCGGCGCAUACUCUGCUACCGACCCUGGAAUCCUGAUCAACAUCUACAAUGGUGUUGAUGUCUACCAGAUUCCGGGCCCGGAGGUCUAUGUUAGUGGUGGUGCUUCGUCGCCUGCUCCGGCUCCUGCUCCAGGUGCGAGCUCGAGCUUGGUUGUUGCGGCGCCGAGUGCGUCGAGUACGGCUGUUGUCCCUGUUGCGAGUUCUAGUGCACCAGCUGCUACGUCUGCGCCGGUUGCGGUUGAGACUCCUAUUGCUUCUCCAGUUGAGACACCUGUUGCUUCACCAGUUGAGACUGCAGCACCAGUUACAACUCCCGUUGAUGAGGAGUACGAGGAUUGCGAGUAAGCUUUCAAGAAUAUUGCUUAUUGCUUGUUAUGAGAAGAGGAGCCUUGGACGCAUGAUGAGAGGAUGUCCAUGAGAGAAGAGAAAGGAGAAGAGAGACACGGGAAAAGAAAGAAGCUUCAUCUUCGUUGUAUAUAUCCACAGCUUUUUUUGUUUAUACUUGUACAUAUGUACAUGCUCUUCUGCUGAGCAGUUGAAAUUUUGAGAAUCUUUUAGAAGUUCAUACUUGAAUCUCUGCUUAUACUUUCGUUCGUGGGGUGUCGUGAGAGUUAUGGUAUUGAGAUGUUUUAUUCGUGGUUUCUGAGCACCUCGUAUGAUGAGAUGAGGGGCAUUUGUUUGCACGCGCCGGAGACAGCUGGAUAAGGUAUCCUUCGCAUUGGCACUAUACUCGCCAGACCUUGAAUCCAGAGCCAGAACUCAUGAGAAUUUGUU